GCCUUGAACCAGCUCGUCUCUGUGAGCUCACAUGCUUCCAUUUCCCCUGCAGACCCAGCAUGGCUGCCCAAGGAGAGCCCCAAGUGCAGUUUAAGCUUGUCCUGGUUGGUGAUGGUGGCACUGGUAAAACAACAUUUGUAAAACGUCAUUUGACUGGUGAAUUUGAGAAGAAAUAUGUAGCAACGUUGGGUGUUGAAGUUCAUCCUCUGGUAUUCCAUACUAAUAGAGGCCCUAUUAAAUUUAAUGUAUGGGACACAGCUGGCCAGGAGAAAUUUGGUGGUCUGCGAGAUGGCUAUUACAUCCAAGCUCAGUGUGCCAUUAUAAUGUUUGAUGUAACAUCAAGAGUUACUUACAAGAAUGUACCUAACUGGCAUAGAGACCUGGUACGGGUAUGUGAAAACAUCCCUAUAGUGUUGUGUGGCAACAAAGUGGAUAUUAAGGACAGAAAAGUCAAGGCAAAAUCCAUUGUCUUCCACAGGAAGAAGAAUCUCCAGUAUUAUGACAUUUCAGCCAAGAGUAACUACAACUUUGAGAAGCCGUUCCUCUGGCUUGCUAGGAAGCUAAUUGGAGAUCCUAACUUGGAAUUUGUUGCCAUGCCUGCUCUUGCACCACCUGAAGUUGUUAUGGACCCAGCACUGGCAGCACAGUAUGAGCAAGACUUACAGAUUGCUCAAACCACUGCACUGCCAGAUGAAGAUGAUGACCUGUAAGGGAUGAAGCUGGAGCCCAGCGUCAGAAGUCUAGUUUUAUAGGCAACUGUCCUGUGAUGUCAGUGGUGCAGCGUGUUUGCCACUUUAUUAUCUAGCUGAGCAGAACAUGUGCUUAAUCUUUGGGAUGCUGAAAGAGAUGAAUGGGCUUCGGAGUGAGUGUGGCAGUUCAAAACAAAAAAACCAACAAAACUUCAUAAUUUUGGACCUGCAUAUUUAGCUGUUUUUUGGACUGCAAUUACUUUCCCUUUUGAGUUUCAAAUAUAAGACUGCUGCAGUCACAUCAAAGUGUUAUGUGGUUAAUCUUGUUUCUGUCAUUCCCAUUCUUUUUUUUUGUUUAGAUAAUAAAGUUGUAUUUCAAAUAUCUCUAAGCAAGUGAAUUUUCAUGCGUUGUUAGAAAAAGUCUUGUAUUUUCUUCCCUUUGUUAUGCUCCUCUUACUAAAUCAGAGCUAACAGUUAACCUUCCAUUCAUUUCCUGAAGCAUACACCUAAAGCAUUGGAGGGAAGCUGAACUAACUGCCAGGUAAAACUAAAGCAGUGAACACUUGACUGGCAUGUGGAGCUGGAUUGCCAGCUAAGCAUAAAUUGACCUAUACCAAGUGGGAAAUGACCUAUACCACGUGGUCUGAGGAGUGUCUUUGAGAGUUAAGUAUGUAGUUCAGCUUGCAUAUGUUACCUUUAGAUACUGUCUCUCAACUUUAACUGCAUUACAACAUGCCUUCACAGAGCUGUUUUCUUUUAAGUAGCCAAGAAUAAAUGACAUUUAGGUCUGUUAAGUGACUACAAGCUGUAUCUUUGCAUGGAGCAUCAUUCAGUAGAACUAUAGUCAAUUAAACUAAGCAUCUUUAAACUCACUAACUAGAAGACAGUUAUAGAUGAGCUUAAAAUGCUCUUGGCUAAAGAACAGCAUAUUAACUGAAACCCCAUAUAAUACCUAGACUUUACUGUAACUGCACCAAGUUCUUAAUUUGAAACUAGUUAAUUCCAGCACAAAUGAUGGAAAACAAUGCUUAGAGAAUAAUCUUGGUCAAUAUUAGUACUACCAGUAAACAAAAAUACCAUUUCUCAGUAGUGUUUGAGUAUGUGAAGCCUUGGAACUCUUCAGUUUUGUAUUUUUGGUUUCUUAAUAAAGUGGAGCAUUUCAUUCCUUUUAA